CAAGUCGGUCUGCAGCAAAGGUACAGUACACGGUACCGUACCGCACCGUCCGAUCGCCUCGCCUAUCCUUGAGAGGUCCUCUCGCUCGCCGCCCACCAUGCUGGUUCUAUACGAGACGGCGCUCGGCUAUUGUAUCUUCAAGCUCACAGACUCGGCAAAAGUCCAGAGCGCAAACCUCUGGGAGGAGUUCGAGACACCAGAGCGGGCGAACAAGCUUCUGAAGCUCAAGUCCCUCCACCGCUUCACGUCCACCGCGACAGCCGUCGAGGACAUCACCGCUCUCCAGGAGGGCAAGCUCGGGAAGGGCCUGAAGAAAUUUCUGUCGGACGAGAUUGUCGGCAAGGGCAAGGCAAAGGAGACACUGGCCGUGUUUGACCCGAAGCUCGGUCACUCGAUCAGCAAAAAGCUUGGGAUCAAUGUCGUCGCGAAUGAGUCGAUGGACUUGUUCCGUGGUAUUAGGAGUCAGCUGGCUUCGCUCCUGGACGGGUUGGACCCGAAGGACCUUGCGACUAUGAGCUUGGGUCUCAGUCAUUCAUUAUCACGCUUCAAGCUCAAGUUCUCGCCAGACAAGGUUGACACUAUGGUGGUCCAAGCCAUAGCGCUGCUGGACGACUUGGAUAAGGAAAUCAACAUUUAUUCCAUGCGUGUCAAGGAAUGGCACGGCUGGCACUUCCCCGAACUCGCCAAAAUCAUUGUCGACAACCUCGCAUACGCCAAGGUCGUCAAAGCGAUGGGCUUCCGGACCAACGCCGCGACGACGGACUUCUCCGCCAUCCUCCCCGAGGACCUCGAGGCGACAGUCAAGGCCGCCGCCGAAAUCUCCAUGGGCACCGAGAUCUCCGACUCGGACAUCGCGCACAUCCACUCGCUCUGCGACCAGGUCAUCGCGAUCACCGCGUACCGCACGCAGCUCGCGGAGUACCUCCGCAACCGCAUGAACGCGAUCGCGCCCAACCUGACCGCGCUCGUCGGUGAGCUCGUCGGCGCGCGCCUCAUCAGCCACGCCGGCAGCCUGCUGAACCUCGCGAAGCACCCUGCGAGUACGGUGCAGAUCUUGGGCGCGGAGAAGGCGCUGUUCAGGGCGCUGAAGACGAAGCACGACACGCCGAAAUACGGGCUCAUCUACCAUGCAUCUCUCAUCGGUCAAGCACCACCAAAACUCAAGGGCAAGAUGGCCCGCAUGGUCGCCACGAAAGCUGCCCUCUCCAUCCGUGUCGACGCGCUCUCCGACGUAGACAGCAAGUCCGAGCCGCAGGCACCGUCAAUAGGCAUCGAGAACCGCGCGAAGCUCGAGGCGCGGCUGCGCGCGCUCGAGGGCCAGGGCGACGCCGCGGCGGUGCGCUCCGCGUUCUCGGGGCGCACGCAGCAGAAGUUCCAGAUGGGCGGCGAGGCGAAGACGUACAACGACCAGGCGGACUUCGUGUCGACGCAGCGCGAGCCCGUCGAGAGCGCGGUGCAGGCUGCGCUCGACGUGAAGGAGGAGAAGAGGCGCGCCAAGGAGGAGAGGCGCGCGAAGAGGCGCGCGGAGAAGGAGGUGAAGUCGGAUGGCGAGAAUGGGGUGGCUGAGGAUGAUGCGAUGGACGUGGAUGGGGAGGAGAGUAAGAAGGAGAAGAAGCGGAAGCGGAGAGAGAGCGAGGCGGCGGAGGUGGUGGAGAAGUCGAAGGAUCUGGACGCUGAGACAGAAGCGGAGCGGAAGGCGAGGAAGAAGGCACGCAAGGCGGAGAAGGCGGCAGCAGCAGCAGCCGGUGAGGCAGAUGGCGCAGAGUCCACAAAAAAGAAGCGAAGAAAGUCGGAGGCAUAGUGUUUUUCUACUCCUCGCUUUCUGGUUGUAUACGUCGUUCGCAUUAUCUUGUCGUAAUAUUCGCAUUUCACAUUGUUCACGCCGUGCAUUGCACUCGGGUAACUUCGCCGUCUGUCAUAAAGCACAGUUGAGCGCGUUGGGAACGUGCCCGUACGCGGUACCGACUCUGACUCUAACAUGUUCCUCGUGUAAGAAGGUCUGCAUACGUGGUCGACGACUCCACCCUUGCUUUAUUAGUUCGAGAUAUGGAAGUAGUGGACCGUAUGUAUGCCAGUCAACGCAAGGUUCUGGUUGUUCGACAGGACCAGCGCAACCCGAUUCAUUCCGGUAGGGACAGGCUCGCGAUGCUUUGGACCCUUUCAUCCCUCCUGUUACUAUGCGGCCAACCGUUC